GUUAAUGCCACAAGUCAUAUUCAACACAACUUACCACCAAAAAAUAUCUUCCAAACUUGCUUUACUCACAACUACAACAGUACCCACACUCACUACCUCCUCCCUUACCCCCCUUACCACCUACACCUCCAAAAAUCUUCCAAAAAAUAUUUCAACUAAUUCUUCCCUCCUACCAAUUGUAAACAAUAUUGGCGGCAUUGCCCUGUUCGCCCUAGUAUUGGCAGCCUUUUUUUGUUUCUGUAUCUGUGUGAUCUGCUUAGGCGGGCUCUGCGCCGAUUUGUCCUCCUCCGCCGCCUCCAAACAAAAAUUGUGCUUUUGCUGUGUUUGUGAGUGCUGUCUAGAGGAGGAACUGGAAAAGGAGGAUAACAACAACAACGACGAAAGCGAUUUUUCCUAUAGGCGGUGGCAGCGUCGUCGAUUACGCCAGCAGUCCAGAUCCUCGUCCAAUUUAAUUUAUAACGCGGCCACAGCAGUAAAUAUGCCUUCGAUGUUAUUACUUCAAUUGAUGCUGGCUGAUAGCUUUAAUAAUUUGAAUAAUAAAAAUAAUAAGAAAAAUGUUGCUAGUGAAGGAGGAGAAGAAGGAAGAGUGUCUGCUAUAUUACAAGCCCAAGAAGUAGCGAUGGAAGAAAUUUAUGCAGCAAUCACCCCAAUUGCUACAACAAGUAGUGGGAGCAGUCAACCAACUUCUCCUGAUGUUGUUGUUAUUAAUUCACCUCAACUCAUUGCUGGAGUUAAUGCUUUAGGAAUUGGUGGAAAUACCCCAUCAACAUCAACCCAUCUCCCUACCCUUCCUAAUGGUUCGGUAUACACAGGCACUUCUCCCAAUGCCCAAUCUGCUCAUAAAGGUAGAUUGCUUCCUGAAGCUUCCAAAGCUAGACCAGCCCCGCCUCCAAUCAUCGCCAACGUUGAUAACAACCCUGAUUUCUCCACAGGACUUCCUUCGGGUGAUGAUGAUGAUCUUAUACUAACGGCUGUUGGACGUGUUAGACUUGUACAGUUUACAAAAGACACUGAAGAGCCUAUGGGAAUAACUUUAAAGGUGUGUUUUUGA